AUGAUUGUGAGAAGAGUGGCGAUUCUGCUCCACAUAGCAGAUCCGAGAGCUCAUCCAAAGCCCAUUAGCCUCGUCGUCUCCCUCCUCUUCUUUUUCAAAGUUUUCGCUCUUUCGCCUCGAUUCGCGCUUCCCAUCGUCGUAUCCUUCCCGCCGAUACAAACUGGUGGUUUACGCCCUUCUGGAUCUCCAUCGCCUGUUUUGAUCCUAUUCUUCACGAAUUCGACUAUCUCCGACGGUCUUCUUCUGAGGAGCACAACUCAUGGAUAG